AUGGAUCGCCCCAUGUCUACGCAGGAGCAGCAGCUCUGCAACCUCUUGGUGACUCUACCGUCCCGUUUCAACUAUGUAUACUCUCAGCAAGCGGAGAAGGAGCUUCUCGAAGGCCUGUACUGGACUCUAGCUCGCGGCAAUGAUGCUAAUCUGAGCCUCUUUUUCCCGCCCGGCACCAACCCGACGACGAUGAAGCUGAGCGACGCCCAAGGGGCCGUGGAAGGGGCGGAAUAUACCGAAGCCGCGAGGGGCAAGCGAUGUGGACACAUAUUCAAGGCGGGCGAGGCCUCGUACGCUUGCCGUACCUGUAGCACCGAUGACACAUGUGUGCUCUGCAGCCGGUGCUUUGAUGCGACCGACCAUACCGGACACAUGAUCCGAAUCAACAUCUCCGUUGGCAACAGCGGCUGCUGCGACUGCGGGGAUCAUGAGGCCUGGAAAGUGCCCAUGCAUUGCACCAUCCAUUCCGAGCUCGAAGGCUCCGGCGCUGCGACAGAUAAGGGCAAGGCGACGAGCAAUGUGCCCGAGGAGGUCAGGCAGUCCAUCUCCAUGGCGGUGGCCCGCGUAAUCGACUUCAUUUGCGACGUCAUAUCGUGCUCGCCCGAGCAACUUCGGCAGGCCAAGUCUAAGGAUUCCGUGAAAAAGGACGAACUCGCCUCUCGGCUCUCGGGCGCCUCCUAUGGCAGGGAUGAGCCUGUGCCGAAUGACGGCAAAGUUUUGUACAGUCUUCUCCUGUGGAAUGAUGAGAAGCAUACAAUUACAGAUGUCCAAAAUCACGUUGCGCGUUCUUGCCGCAUUGCCGAGGCCACGGCGUACAAGAUGGCCAUCGAAACCGAUACGAUUGGGCGGAGUCUCUUGAAGCAUGACAGUGACGUUGAAAAGCUCCUCUCGACGGCUAAGAAGCUCGAGGAGAUCCGCGUCACCGUCACCGUGAGGUCUUCUCGUGAUACGUUUCGCGAGCAAAUGUGCGCUAGCAUGAUUGAGUGGCUUAGCGACAUCGCCGGUUGCAGCGUUGGCAACGACAAUACGCUACUCCGCCAGAUCGUGUGCCAGGAGCUCCUCUCCCCUUGGAGGCAGGGCAGCUCUGCGGCACACAGUGCUAUUGGCAAAGACGGGAUCGACGACGAGGCCCUCAUUGCCUUUGAGAUGGAAAGGGAGCAGCGCUUCCAAAGACAUGUCAUACACAAUUUCCAGCGUCUCGCUGCCCAACAGGCUGCACGCAUCCAAGUCAACCGCGCGCAAGACCCGGAUAAUCCUUGGGACCCCGAGGCAAACGUAGGAAUCGAUAGCGAUGAUGACAUUGAAGGUUUCCUUGAUUUCGAUGACGAAGGUUCAGUAUCUAUCCAGGAUGAGGAGGAGGAGGAGGAGGUUGCGGCGGAUGAUGACGUGAUGAUGGUUGAUGCUGCGCCUGCGGCUGGCAACGAAGGGGAGGCCGAAGUUGGGCCCGAAUGGCCCCAGAAUGAGCAAGCCCCGUUGGAGGACGACGAGGCGACCAUGGCUGGAUAUCCACCGCCGCCCCUUCCCCCACCAACCACUGGCGAGGCGGCUCGCAGGGCCAUUGGCCGAGAGCGUGAGCAAACUCCCUCAGACUCUGAUACUACGGAACUGGCAGCGCCAGCAAUAUACGGAGCCAAAGCCAACGCCGAUAUCCCCAAGACUCCCGGAAAGACUCCGAAGCCCGCGGGCUCGAAGCCUGGUCGUUACUGGCUGGAGGCCCCGCAGGCUAUCUAG